GCUCGUAAAGAGGGUGAAUUUAUUUAUGCCAGAACUUAAGGGUUUUAUACUGCCAAAUGUUCUCUUUUCUAAUUCCUGUGGAAUUGACGCAAGGGCAAGCAGAUGUAGCUGCCAGAACUAAUACAAGCAUUUUUCAAGCAUUUUAUCUCAACCACCAUUCACAAAGAUGUUCGACUGUAGACAACAUACAUUAUUUCUGUCUAAAGCAUUAAAUUCAAACUAUUAAUGACAGAAAAUUAAUAUGACCUGAACUACUGAUUUAGUGUUACUUUGUGAACUACUAAUGUUGUAACUACGAAUGUGUUACUCAAUUUUCUAAGCAAAUUUUGUGAUGCAGUAUAUUCAAAUUAGCAAACGAUUUGUGAUGAAGAAUAUUCAAAUUUGAAAACUACUUAACUUUGCAAACGAUUUUUGAUUAAACCGAAUUUCGAUAAAGUAUAAUCAGUAUCAAACGAUUUAUAGUGCUGAAUUUCAACUAUGGUACAAAAUCUGUGGUAUUUACUGAGAAAUGUGAGCUGCAAAUCAUUAUUAUAAACAAUAUUUUGUGUUUAUCUAAAAAACAAGUUGAGAGAUAUUUUCAGUAAUUAUCUUAUUUUGCUCCAAAAAUUAAAACAAAAAUUUAUUCACAUUAAAAUAUGGAUGUGAUUGACUUGUGGGAUUUUUUGUACAAUGUGGAUGACUGGAGUUUCGAUACUUUCCCUUGGGAUCUUUUUUAUCUAUGCCAUUCUUCAGUAGAGAGGAAUCAAUCCGAUAUAUUGUCAAAAAAUGAAGAUGUUCAAGAAAAUGAAUCUCUCUUUCCAGAACAACUUCAAGUUAGCAACGAAAUUAUUAAUUUAAACCAUGUUCCUCCAGACGAAGUGCCUGAUAGCCAAGUGGUACAACCAAUACAUUCCAAUCAAACUUUCCUUUCUGAAAAUACAAAAGACUAUCAAACUGCCUUAGAAUCAUCAGAUGUAACAGAACCGAAAGAUGAAUCACUCACAGACCAGAGCAGCCUUAAUGAUACGUCCAAAGACAACCAAAAUAGCCAAACUUUAGAAGAGUCUAUGAUAAGGCUGCAAUUGUCUUUAGAAGAUAGAACUACACUUUCAGCUUUUGAAAAAUUAAAAAAGAAAAGAGAUAAAGAAAGUAUGGAUGUUGCCAAAUUGUCAGAAAAUGCUGUAAAAAAUCGCUAUAAAGAUGUUCUACCAUAUGACAGUUCCAGGGUUAUUUUAAAAGAAUCACCUACUGGAGAUUAUAUCAAUGCUUCAUUCGUCCAUAUGCCACUACCUCAUCCAAGAAAGCCAAAUGAGUAUAUUGCUGCGCAAGGACCUCUUCCUGAAACCUGUAAUGAUUUUUGGCAGUUGGUGUGGGAACAAAACUGUCGCAUCAUAGUCAUGGUUACCACUCUUAAAGAGAGAAACCGUGUUAAGUGUCAUCAGUACUGGCCUGAUUUAUAUGAAUCUUCUACAUAUAAUGACAUGCAAGUAACUUGUUUUAGUGAAACCUCUUCUACAGCUGGCAUCACAAGAGAUUUUUUAAUUAGCAAUCAAAAGACAAAUGAAGAGCGUCAUGUGACUCAAUUACAGUACAUUAAUUGGCCAGAUCAUGGAGUACCUGAAGACUUCUCAAACUUCUUAGAAUUUAUUCAACAGUUACGAGAUUUGAGGCGGGAUGCAGGUGGAAUUGUAGCAGUUCACUGCAGUGCCGGAGUAGGAAGAACGGGGGUGCUCAUACUAAUGGAAACGGCUUUAGGUUAUAUGGAUGCUGAUGAACCAAUAUAUCCUCUGGAAUUUGUCCAAAAGAUGAGAGAUCAGAGAGUGAUGAUGGUACAAACAGUGGUUCAGUACAAAUUUAUCUGUGAAGCUCUUUUAAAAGCAUUUAAUGAUCGAUGCAAAAUUCAAGAAGAAGGUGAAGAAGAUAACCCUUAACUAGUUUUCUAGUAAAGAAUCCAAGUCUUUCCAUUGUGAUGUAAAAAGUGCCCCAAGGUCCUAAAUUUUGAUAUUUAGAUUCGUUUCUUAGGAGACAUCAUUUGAGAAUCAUUAACUCUAAUACCAAUUUCAGCAUGACUUUUUAUGUUAAUAGUGCUGCUAACCAUCAAGAGAACACUCAUUUCUACUUAAAAAGUUAAUGUGACAAGUAUCUAAAAAAAGGGGAACUUAUCUUUUACUCCGCUAUUACUGCACAAUUGGCUGCUAUGCAAAAUCAGAUAAGUAAAUCAGAUAUUGAUUCGAUGAAAUUUUCUAACUCUUAAUCUUUAUCAAAGUAAUAAAAAAAAGGUACACAUUAGUUUGUUAUUAAUAAUCCUUAAACAUUGAAAAAAUGAGCAAAUAUUGUUAAGUUUGUCCCUACACAUAAGCCAUCUGAUUGUUUUAGAUUUGGUAUGUGACAUGUUUUAUACUGUGAAUUCACAAUUAAACAUUAUGCAAAUUCCCUGACAUGAAGCCAGUGAAAGACUACAGAAUUGUUGAAGCAAUUGAAAUCUUUUUAAGCUUAAAGAGUUUUAAAAAAAAAGUCCACUUGGUUAAAAAGAUAUUCUAUCUUUAAAAGAAAUAAUUUAUUGAUCAAUUUACUAUAAAGAACUUUAAAAAAAUUUUACUAUAAGAAAAAUUUUUGUUGUUUUUUUCAUUGAAUUCAAAACUUAUUUAAAGGAUGCAUUGAAAAAUUUAAAUCUGAUUGGUGCUAUUUAAGCAGUCUAGUCAAAUAUGAUACAGUAGGAAUGUUCUCAAAGUUUCUGAAAAUAAUAAAUUUUGAAUAUUAUUUUUGUAAAAAUUUUAUUCUGUUUUUAAUAGUUUUUUCACAAACUUAUUUGAUUUAAAGAUAAAAAUAUUUUAUUAUUAAAUUAAGUAUUAUGACGUUCGCUUGAAACUAUGAAAUGGGUCAUUCAAGAAAUCACCAGUCAGGCAAUUUCUCUGUCAUUUUUGAAAAGUUAAAAUCAAUUUAGAGCAUGCUCAACUAGCUCUAGGUCAGGGAACUUAAUAAUAUUAUAAAAUUAUUUUAAGAAAACUGUGAUUUAUAUAAAAUGUCACUGAAAAGUUUUGCUUUUGAUUAUUAUUAUGGGACUUGUGAAAUAAAAAAAUUUUCUCUGCUAUUUUAAUGUAUAGAUAUAGUACUCCCAUUUAAGUAAAAAAUAAUAAGUUCAUAAUAAAAACUAAAACUGCUGUCUAUUCCUAAAUGAAUUAUAUCUUGUGAUUAGUAACAUGUUUAAAGAUGUAAUUUAGUUUCUUUUUUAUCAAUGUUGUCAGCAAUAAAGAAUCCCGUUUCAAGAUUCUAAAUAAGCUCUGACAAAAAUAAAUAUAUUUUAAUUUUAGUAAUUUUUUCUUCAGCAUUUUCAUAUAAAUGUAAGAUGGUCAUAUUCCAUUUUAAAUCGUAAAGUCAAUGUACAGUGUUGAAAAUUUUAAAUGCUCUGUAAAAUUCAUAUUACGUUUAAAAUUAAUUGGAAAUAAAAAUAUUUUAGUCUUAAAUAAACUACAUAAAACCUGUAUUUUGUUACAAUAUCGUAAUUGUUAAAUUGCUGCCUGAUUUAGUUAGAAUUUGGUAUAUAGUAUGAAGCAUUUAAACUUCAAUACAUUCCUUAGCAACUUGCCCUUUAAAAAUAUAACCUAGAAGAGCUUAAUAAGUUUUUACAUUUCUUAAUAAUAAAGCUAUAAUUCCAUUAAAGAAAUAUUGUUUUCCUCCUUUGUAAUACCAUUAAACUAAUUAAUAAAAUAAUAAAUAUAUACCAGACAAUCAAUAUCAUUAAUCUACAUCUGAUAGUUAAACAAAAUAAAGAAAAGUAGGAAAUAUGAGUUAUUUUGAUUUUUAUACAAGUACUUAACAUAAUGAUGCCUAGACUUUGAACACUUAUUUAUUUCUCAUUUUUAUUGUUUAAAAAGCAUGUAUAAGUUAAUCCUUAAACCAUAACUAAAAAAAUCUGAAUAAACAAAGAAAUAAGCACAUUUCACAUGCUGUUAAAUAAAAUAGCAAAUAUGUAUUAAAUAAUAAAAUAAGAAAAAUAUUCAUUCAGCUUGGUACAAAAAUUCCAGCUAAUUCUUUAACUAGCAAUCUCGUUUUAAAGAUGAUGCAUUUAUUAGUGCAAUUGUAUAAAUAUCGAGUGUUUUUGUACAGUGUAUCUUUCAAGCUUUCUUUUCAUAAGUGCUAUUUUUCCAACUUGAAAAAAAAAUUAGAAAAAAAAACUAUGAACAUUUUUACAAACUGCUUUUUUAUCUUUGUAAAGUAAAAUGUCUCUACUAGGAGAUAAAAAGUGUGUUAUUUAUUGUGUUAGUUAUAGAUAAUAAAGCAUUUUGAAAUAAA